AUGGCCGAUAACCAAGACGCUGUGCCCGAGGUGCCACUCGCACUUGUCUCUAAUCAGUACUAUGAAACCAAAAUUGCUCAGAUGAGAAAUCGUCCUGUUCCAUGGGAGGGUUAUCAGCGCGCCAACUUGAUUACUUCUGAGCAGUUGGAUCUCAUUCAACGCAUUGAUAACAAGUCACCUCAAGUUAUCAAAGAACUUGCUGAUGAGCGAGGCGAUACCUAUGCGAAUCUGUACCUUCAAAUACUAGACACCCUGAACCGACCAGAUACCAUUCAGCACGUCCUUCUUUUGAUAGAGGACUUCUUGACAGAUCAUGAAGAAAAUGUUCAAUAUUUCCAUCAUGCUAGUGGCAACAAACCCACAUAUCCAUUUGGUCCUCUUUUCAAACAUCUUCGCGUAAACGACGAUAUUGUACCUCUGCAAGCAUCCAAGAUCCUCACCAUCUUUGCUUCCUCUGCCCCCUCUCCAUCUAUGGUCGAUCUCAGCCCUUAUUUCAACUGGAUAGCCACCCAAGUACAAAGCGAGGAUUUGCGAAUCGUGGAUCUGGCCGUACAGGAAUUGGAAUCAAUUUUAAGAGUGCGCGAGUAUCGAUUGCCCUUCUGGGAGACACCAAAGGCUGCUGAAUCGUUGAUUCAUGUGCUUCGACGAACGAGCCCAGGUCCUCAAAUGCAGUACCAGGUUAUCUUUUGCAUAUGGCUGUUAACAUUCGACGCUCAAAUAGCAAGCACGAUCAACCGACAAUACGAUAUCAUCCCGUUGCUUAUUGACAUUGCCAAAUCAGCUCUCAAGGAAAAGGUUAUUCGCGUUGUCAUUGCUAGCUUCCGAAACCUCGUUGAGAAACAACCAGAAUCUAACUUGGCUGCCAUGCUUGUCGCCAAGUUAUUGCCAUUCACAGAAAACCUUAGUACCAGGAAGUGGUCCGACACCGAUAUCGUCGAAGAUAUUGAGUAUUUGAAGGCCGAGUUGGAAGAGAACUUCCAUAGCCUGAGCACCUUUGAAGAAUAUUCUUCUGAGGUUGAGACAGGAAAGCUCAACUGGUCACCCCCACACAAGUCAGAAGUGUUCUGGAAGGAGAAUGCACAGCGACUUAAUGAGCAAGACUAUCGUCUUCUUAGAAUCUUGGCGCGAUUGCUUAGUACCUCACAAAGCCCCCUUGUUCUUUCUGUUGCUGCUCAUGACAUUGGUCAGUAUGUUAAAUACUCUUCCAAGGACGCUAAAAAGAUCGUCCAAGAAAUUGGAGCCAAGCAACGAAUCAUGGAGCUUAUGACCCAUGAAGACCAGGAUGUACGAUAUCAAGCACUCUCCGCAGUGCAGAAAUACAUGACCAACGCAUGGGAGUUUUAA